GUCCCAAGGCCUGGGCUAGGCUCUGAGGACUCCGCUGGACUACUUCUUCAGGUGACCCUGUUCUGUUUGGGCCCAGAGGCUGCUUACUCAGCAGUAGCAGAUGUGCCCAGGGCUGGGACCAGGCCCAGAGCAGGAGGUGCUGACCAUGGUUGGGGGCUCAGCUGAUCAGGGAAGGCCUCAUGGAGGAGGAGCCACUUCCGCUGAGCCUUGAAGGAGUUGGCAGCUGAGGAGAUAGGGCUUGGGUCACUGCAGGCAGAGUGCAAAGGUAUGGAGGAGAGGGCCUCCUUCCAGCUGCUCUGUCGCCUCUGGGAACCUUGAGGAAGGCCCUACACUGCCUCCCUGGAGCUCUGCAACACAGACACCCACGACAUCCAGGGAAGGGUGUCCCCUGAGGAAGGGGGCCAGCAGAGAGCAGGAAGCAGCCCUCCUUUUUGACCAGAAACAGGCCUUUUGGCUGAAGUAGGCCUGAGUGUUGUCUCUUCUGGGAGGCCUUCUCUGACCAAGACCUGGGUCUGGCCAGGCCCCACACAGCUGGAACAGGUUUCAGUGCCUGCUCCCAGGUACUGGGCAUCCUCCUGGCCUCCUGCCUCCUUACCCCCACAUCUCCUGCUGACCAGAUGUCAUCACCGCAGACAAUGACCCCUGGGCUGGAGCUGCAAAGCCCCAAAGAGGCUGAGGAGCCACAGAUCCCAGCCCAGAGCACCCGGCGGACAAGCAGCAGCAAAGAGCCCAGUGCCCAUCGUGAUGACACCAUGAGGCCAGGCCUGGGCACCUUGAGGCGUGCCUUCUCACGGGCAAGCCAGCGGGCCUUGACUCAGGUCUCCAAAGAAGACUCAGGGCUGCUUUGGCGAAGGUCCUACUCCCUGUUCCGAUCCUUCAGGCGUGCCCUGGAUGAGGGACCAGCUCCUGGCCAGUCCCAGAUUGCUAUUGUGCCGGAGGUGUCCUCGAGGGUCAAGGAUGGUGUCAGUCGGCAGGCAUCUUCUGGGGUGGGGCCCAAGGAACUGGAAUCCAAGACAGAAGGCAAAUCUGUGGCUGACCUCAUUACUGAACGGCAACUGCUGGCGGCCUUCGAACAGCUUCGGUACCUAGAGACGCGGCUGGUGGCUGAGAAAGCCUCGCAUACCUUCGAACAGGACCCUACGGCCUUUGCUCGGCGCGCCAUGGACUUAUGCCUACAUUACGACGGUCUAGCAGCGGAGAUCGGAGCCAUCGUGCGUGAGACGCUGGGACCAGACGGUGUGGACGCUGCCGUGCUGGCCCAGGUAGCCCAUGUGGUGCGCGCGGAAGAAGAGGCCCAUCCGGCGUCCCCUGCCGACGGCGACUUUCUGCGUACGCCCCGCCGCUGGCGCCAGCACUGGGAGGAGGCCGUGCAGCAGAGCGCGCAGGAGCGCGUGCGGCCAGCGGGAGCUGGGGGCACAUCUGGGGCCGAGGAGGGCGCGUCGGGCCUGGCCCAGCUUCUGGCCCAGCUCCGUGGCUUGGUUCGCAACGAUCUACAGAAGGUGCUGCUGGAGGUGCAGCCGGCGUAUGCAGCAGCCGGCUUUCCAGCAUGGGAGGCCUACCAGAGCGCCUUCCACGGCGCGGUGGCCCAGCGCCUCCAGGAGCUCGCGCACGACGCCCGCGGCUGUGAGCAGCUCUACCUCCUGCUGGACUGGGCUGCCAAUGUCUACGGCAGUCCUGACUUCCUGGGCUCCCCUGGCCUGGAGCGGCCCACCGAGCCUCUGCCCCCGCUUCUAGCACCUGAUGUGUGGGCCCGCCUGGAGAGAGACUACACUAGCUUCCUCGAGACCAAGAUCACAGGCUGCUUCGAUAGCAUCUUGCAGCUGGAGAAGAGCCGCUGGGUGGCCACCGAAGCCCCGGAUGUGCUGCAGGGCCUCUACCACGCGCCACUGUCCAUCGACAUCCACAUGCUCGUGGCGGAGCACGUGAAGGCGGGCGGCGCUAUCUCAGCUGAGCUGGAGGCCACCACCCUGCAGAUCUGCGCACGGGCGCUCGGUCUCUUCGUGCCCAGGUUUGAAAAGGCUUUUCUGGAGUCGAAGGCAGUGAGUGAGCCGCAUCUGGGCGCCUACAUUAACGCCUGCGAGGAGCUGAGGACCAGUCUUCUGGCCAGGUUUCCAGGAACCUUAGAAGAGCUAGAGAAGCCCUUGGUGGCUGCUACCUGUAGCUUCCAGAAGCACCUGCUUCAGGGCUUGCAGUGUGACAUGCAGCCGCUCUUCAGGGUUGUGUGCACCAAGGGCUGGCUGACACAGGACAUGCUUCGUCCCCUCAUGGACAAGGUGCUGGCUUUUGCUCGUCAUCUGGAGCAUGUGGUCCAGCCAUGGGCACAGGAGACUCUGCAGGAGGUGCACCGGUAUGUGGUCCGGGAGUACUUGGUUCAGGUGCUGAGGCCACGAGAGCGGUUUCGAGGUGUCGAGCGGGUGAACGGCUCCCAGAAGAUGAGCCUUGAUGCCCAGGCCAUCAGUGACACCUUCCAUGGCUUGGGCUCUGAGGCCAAGUGGCUGGACCAAGCCAUACCGUGUGUGGCAGAGAUCCUAGGUGAGACAUACAAAGAUGACAUCCAGCGGCAUCUGGAGACACUCAUCCAGAGUUACCCCGACAUCAGGCGGGAUCACAUACUGGCUAUUCUGGCCCUGCGCAGACUGGGCCGCCGGCGGAACCAGAGCCUCCUGCAGCAUGCCCAGGAGCUGCUGAAGGCUGUGGCCAAGACAAUGAGCUCAGGGGCCACUGGACACCGUGUGCUCUUUGGGGAGAUCGAGGUGCCAACCUCUAUGGACGUGCUAAUUGCCUGCAUUUAGAGCUCUCUGGCUUGAGAGGGGACUGUCCUCAGGUGGAGGGUCAGAUACCCUCCUAAGGCACUGAGCCGGGAGCUAGGAGCCCAGGGAGUCACUCUCAGCCCUGCCCCCACUCUGAAGCCUGCAGUUAGGGAAUUUUUGUCUUCAGCCAAGCAGGGCUGCUCAGCCAGAAGGAACAGCAGUGAUAAAGGAAGGCACUUCAGGCAUUUGUGGGGGAGUAUUUGGGUCCUUCAGAGUUUCCCUUCAAUACUAACCCCCCAGGGGGGUUUCCUGCCUGCCUUACUGUCCAAUACCAUCCCCCAAUCUGAAAGUGAAGGUCAGGGUAUUUAUUUAAAAAUAAAUGUCAAGUAAAAUGGUGCCUCCUUAAGGAGAAGAUAGGGCCAAGCUGGCUGGGAAUGGGAAGUCUGGGUUCCCAUACACCAAGGACUGGAAGGCCCUCUGGUGACUCCAUUUGGUGGAAGGUUCUUUUCUACUCAUUGAACUGAUGGGUAGACUGAAGCAGGUCCAGAGCUGGGAAGGCCCAGGUCUUGACCAUGGCAUCCUGGGUUGGAGUCCAUUCGUCUCAUGUGCCAAGUCAGCCUCUUAGGCAGGCCCUGGACCUCUGGGAGAUAAGAUGAGACCUUGUUGCAGCUCAAGUAUUUGAGUUAGAUGGGGGAGGGACUGGCUUGGCACCUGUAGCACAGUGGUUAUGGCGCCAGCCACAUUCACCGAGGUUGGGGAGUUUAGCCCAGGCCCGGGCCAGCUAAAACAACAAUGACAACUGCAACAAAAAAUAGCUGGGCAUUGUGGCAGGUGCCUGUAGUUCCAGCUACUUGGGAGGCUGAGGCAAGAGAAUCUAUCACUUAAACCCAAGAGUUGGAGGUUGCUGUGUGCUGUGACACGCCACAACACUCUACCAAGGGCAACAUAGUGAGACUCUGUCUCCAAAAAAAAAGAUGGGGGCGGGACUUCCCAGUAGUGAAAACAAAAUUGUCAGGUUGCUCCAGGGGAAGCGUCAUUCAUGGAGUGUGUGCAUGAGGCAUGAGGCCUCUCAGUGGUGGAGGUAGGCUGCAAGGGCUCCGUGUACUUGUAGCUCCCCCCCAUCAUGGAAAGCUGACACUGAAGGGUAUAUGUGAAACUUGGUAAAUGUGGAAUGUAAAUGUCUUAGCACAAUAACUAAGAAAAUGCCAAGAAGGCUAUGUUAACCAGAGUGAUGAAAAUGUGCCAAACAGUCUGUGAAACUAGUGUAUGGUGCCCCAUGAUCGCAUUAAUGUACAAAGGUAUGAUUUAAUAAAAAAAUAAAAAUCA